AUGGACCCCUCAAUUAGCACCAUAGAAGGCAAGACGCUGGAAUCUGCGGAGCAGGUCGAAGAUGUCAAGAUGCAUCAGGACCUGUUUACCCCAGAGGAGGAGCGGAAGCUAGUCCGCAAGCUAGAUCUAUGGAUCCUGCCUCUGAUGAUGGUCACAUACACGCUCCAGAGCUACGACAAGGGCGUCAUGAGCGCCGCCACGCAGUUUGGCUUCAACGACGACCUCCAUCUCACCACGGUCACUGGCCACGACGCCGCCGGCCACCCCAUCACCAACAACAAAAAGUACGCCAACGCGUCCAUGAUCUUCUACAUUGGCUACCUCGUCGGCACGUACCCCAUGAUGUUCCUCGCGCAGCGCUUCUCCAUCUCGAGCGUCAUCUCCGCGGCGACGCUCCUCUGGGGCGCCGUGCUCAUGAGCACCGCCGGCUGCGCCAGCUACGCGGGCAUCAUGGCCAACCGCUUCUUCCUGGGCCUGCUCGAGUCGGCCGUCGCGCCGGCCUUUACCGUGCUCGUCACGUUCUGGUGGACGCGCGAGGAGCAGGCGCUGCGCAUGUCCACGUGGUACUGCUGCGUCGGCGUCGCCACAGCCAUCUCGCCCCUCAUCAACUACGGCCUCGGGCAGAUCCGCGGGCCGCUGCUCCCGUGGAAGCCCAUCUUCCUCAUCCUGGGAGCCAUCACCAUGUGCUGGUCCGUCGUGCUCUUCUUCUUCUUGCCCGACAACCCCAUGGCCUCUGGCCGGCUUUCGGAGCGCGAAAGGGAGAUUGCGAUGGAGCGCCUCCGAAGGAACAAUGCGGGCACGGUGGACCACAAGUUCAACCUUGGCCAGUUUAAAGAGGCGCUGUGCGACUACAAGCUGUACAGCUGCGCAUUCAUCGUCAUGCUUACGGGCGUGCCGUCGGGCGCCCUGGGCACUUUUGGCACAAUUGUCAUUAACGGCUUCGGCUUUAGCCAUUUCGAAUCUCUUGCCUUGACAUGCCCCAUCGGUGUGAUGACCGCGCUGAGUAUUCUGGCAGUAGGACUCAUCACGCGCAAAUUCCAAAACACGCGCUACAUCUGCAUCGCCGUCUGUGGCUUGAUAUCCAUCGUCGGCGACCUGAUCUGCUGGUUUGCGCCACGCGAUAAUCGCGGCUUGCUAUUCGCGGGCAUCUUUCUCGUGGCAGUACAGGUUGCAUCGGGAGGACUGGCUGUCGGACUGGCGGCGUCCAACAUUUCGGGACACACCAAAAAGUCGACCGUGUCUGCGUCUACGUUUGUAGGCUACUGCGUCGGCAACAUUAUUGGUCCCGUCAUUUUCGGCGCCUCGCCUGGUCCGUUGUAUCAUGCUGGGUUCCUGGGUAGCUUUGUAUGUCUGUGUGGCGUCGUGGUCAUCGCGACUGUCACCGGCGUGACACUGAGGUGGGAGAAUGCGAGGCGAUUCAAGUCUGCCGGCACGGCUCAGCAUGCCCAUUCCAUCGAGGAAGACUUGACUGAUGUCCAGAACAAGGACUUUCGUUACGUUCUCUAG